AUGGGUGCUGUCUGUUGUACAGAGUUGUUUUAAAGAGGAGGUGAAUUAGAUCUGAAAAUGGUUAAGUCAGAGGAGAAUAAUUAAUAAAUACUAAAUGGAACUCCUACUAUAUCAAAAGAGUUAUAUACUAGUAAGGAUAAAAUAUAAGGAUAAAUGGAAAUUUGUUAUUCAUGUCAAGUGUUGAAAAUUCAUUGUGAAUGCAAAUCUGUGUAAAAAUUACUUGGGGAUGUGGAUGAUGAGCAAAUAUUUAUACAUUCGUCUCGAUCCCUGGAUAGCUCAUCCUCAGAAUCUCGUCCAGACGAUACGAAUACUAAAAAAACGAUUUUAAAGCAUCAAUUACAUUAUAUAUCAAAUACGUAAUAAUAGCAAAUUCAAAUAAAAAAGAAGGUUAGAUUCGAUUUAACUAAGAAAUAGUGA